AUGAAACUUAGCACUCAGCAGGUGGCAGAAAAUGCCCUGAAUACGGCUCCAACCAAUGCCCAGGACUACGGCUGGGCUGAUUUGUUAACGAGCGCUCCAAGCGUGAUGAAGAAUGGCGCCUUUGCGCAACCAAUCUCAAACAGCAUCUUUGAUUUACUCGGAACCAGUGUGAUGACUUACAUGUGGUCUACUGCUGCUGGAAUAUGCUGGGUCAGCGAGCAGGUCUUCAUCGCUACGCGAACUGAACCGGUACAGGGUACCGCGCCCUGCGAUAUCGAGCUAGAUAAGCUUUCAGGCGCUCGCGUGUGUGAUAGUAACGGCAAGGCCUACUUCUUCAUCAAAUACCAGUCUACCGAGCCCCAAUAUUGGGGUAGCUGGGAACCAGUUCCGGGACUCGAUAAGCUCGACCAGUACUCGUUGGACCUAACGACCAUACUCGAGUCAGCGGAAUGGAUGGCAGCCAACUUUGAUGGAUAUCUUCCGCAGGUCGACCCUCAAGAUGCGUGGACGGCUAUGCAGUCGACCAAUCCUCCCCCGGGCAAUAUCUUUAUUAAUCUGCCUAUUAUGAGUGCCGAUGAUGCGGGAAGCGUGGUUGGCUUGGUGGAUGUCCCUACCGAGGUAAGAUUCUCCUUUCGUUUUCUUCCUACAUAA